CCGGAAGUAAGAUAGUGGAGUCGAGUGCGUAACGUUGCGUUGCGUUGGUCGAAAUAUCUGUUGUACACUUUAAUUAAUACAAAUAAAGGGAAGAGUACAGUAGCAGCUGUUUUUUCGUCAGUAUACCGAGUUGAAAGCUACUCGGAGCUGGCAGUUAAGUUGCUGGUCACACUGUGUCCCGUAAUAACUAUCCUGACUUAUGCGACCAGAACUGACCUUUGAUUCAGGCAGCUGGCAGGGGUUCUUCACAGAUGACCGAGAUUAUCCAGGUCGUCCUGCUGGAAUGCAGUGGAAACUAGACGUCCAUCUGGCCUUCAUGAACCACAGUAGCGACGACAAGAAUUUCUUUGGUUUUGGUACAGAUGACAUCGGGGUGUUUGAGUUCACAGAUGGGAGAGUAAGAGCUGGAGCAGUGUCUUUCCUAAAGCAGUACUCUACACACACAGUCACGUACUACGGAGAACAGAGAGGACACAUGAUGUCGGGCAGGUGGUUCUUAACAGACUUUCCAGAGGUCCAGGGAGGAUGGUCACUUUGGCCUUACAUCCAGAAGUGACAUGAAGCCAUUUUUCAUGUGUGUCUCAUAUCUAUCUGCAUCUUGAUAGCAACUUAAAUACUUUUGACAAGCCAUUAAGUUGAACAAGGCAUAGAGUUACAGGGAAUUGUUCUUGUCUUACUUUUUGUUUCCUACGGACUGUUUCCUAGUUCCUCAACCAACUGGAUAUGAUUUUGGAAACGGUCAAACGUUUCAGGAGGCAUCCACUACCUUUCGUUAGUGACACUAAGAGACCAGAGAAGAAAUGCAGGUUAUUGUAAGCUCAAUAGUUCGUGCUUAUAAACCUGCAUUUCUCCUCUGUCUUGCACAAUAUGUUAUCAUAUGAAAUUGCAGGAGCAAUUGGUAGUACAGCAUCAUGUUACUUCCUGACCCAAUGUUGUUGUGGUUGUUCUUGUGGGGUAGUUUUAGGAUUAAAUAGAUGUAGUUAAACAGUUUUUCUUUAUUGUGACUUAUAGAAGUUAGAAUCAAGGUUCACAAAUGAAAUACUUUACAGUUACGUCUGAAGAAUUGUAAAUGCAUCUCCUUUUUUUUCUAAAGAUCUCUUUUAUAUCAUCUGUUGACAAUCAUUUAUACCUCAACUUAUUACAUGUACAUAUUUCUCCUUGGUAUACCAUGAUUAUGGGGU